ACUUUUGAUAGCUCUGAUACAGUUUAUGUAGAACCUGAAACGUUAUAUGCCCUUCAGAUUCUCAAGGAGAAUGAUUCCGGUUUGAAUAAGAAAGAUAGCCACCAUUUACAAUCAUUGUUCGGUAUGUUGAACCAAACUCAUUCUGCUUUGGGAUAUAAAAGAUUGAGAAGUUGGUUCUAUGCACCUUUGGCAAACAUCUCCUUGAUUAACAAAAGGUUAAAUACAGUGGAAGUGCUCAUAUCUGAAGAUAAUACUCAAUAUUUGGAGAAUCUCAUGUGCUUUCAAAAACAAUUACCAAAUAUCAAUCAAACAAUAUCAUCAAUUGAAAUGGGUAGACCAAGUGUGAAGAGCUGGUCUCAGAUGGCUUCUUUUUUGAAAUAUGCAAUAGAAAUUUAUGAUGUUGUGGGCUUAAUGAAAGAUAUAGAAUUUGUGGAGGUUUUGCAAAAUAUCUUAACUGAGGUUGAUGUCGAACAACUCCGUAACCUAUGCACAGCUGUUGACUCUGCAAUUGAUUUUGAUCAAUCAAAACAGUGGAAGAGAGUAUAUGUUAGAGAUGGUUUGGUGAAUCAUUUAGAUUGCUGCAGAAAGAACUAUGACCGUCUUGAGACUACUCUCGAAGAAGCGGCUUCAGAAAUAUCUAUACGAUAUCCACAUGUUCCAUCAACUUUUUUGAAUGUGGUUUAUUUACCCCAAGUUGGUUAUUUGAUUUCAAUUGAUAUCACAAAUAGGGACGAAGUUCCAGAAGAAUGGGAAGAAGUGUUUGCUACUGUAACAAAUAUGUACUACAAGGAUGAAUAUACUCACGGAAUGGAUGAUGAAUUAGGUGAUGUCUACCAGCUCAUCAUUGACUUGGAAAUUGAAGUUCUUUAUGAACUACAAAGUGGGAUAUUUGACAGCAUGGAUAUGUUACUUACUGCUGGUGAAUUGUUUGCAGAGCUUGAUUGUUUCAUGUCACUUGCUUCCAUUUCCAUGCUCCAAGGUUAUGUUAAACCAGAAAUUGUGGAUGAAAGUGUCAUUGAAAUUAAAAAUGGUAGAAACCCGAUAUUUGAAAACCUUGUUCCUUCUUAUAUUGCCAACAACACAGACAUCGAGAAACAUCAAUUGUGCAUAGUGACUGGGGCCAAUGGAUCAGGAAAAUCAUUGUACUUAUUACAAGUUGGAAUUAUUGUAUACCUUGCCCACUUAGGAUGCUUUGUUCCAGCCCAAUUUGCUAAGAUUGGCUUGACUGACAAGAUACUUUCAAGAAUCUUUAGUAUGGAAUCUUUGGAGAAGUGUGAAAGCUCAUUUGGACUUGACCUUCAAAAAAUGAGUAAAUGUUUACAGCUAGGGACUGAAAAGAGUCUUUUAUUGAUUGACGAAUUUGGAAAAGGCACCGAUGUUAUUGGCGGUCCAGCUUUAUUAGGUGCUAUUAUUGAAAAUUUAUCUAAUAGUGAAACUCCACCAAGAACGAUUAUUACUACCCAUUUUCAUGAGCUUUUCAAAAAUAACAUCAUUGAACUAUCUUCAAAAGUCAAACACAAUCACAUGUCGGUUAUAUUUCAACAACAAGACGGUGAAGAUAAACUUACUUAUCUUUAUGAAUUGAAGGAUGGACUUGCGUUGAAUAGUUUUGGAAUUGAUUGUGCAAAAGCAUGUGGUAUCCCAAAUAAUAUAAUCACCAGAGCUAAUGAGAUUUUGCGGGAAAGUCAUGAAUCAUUGAUAUCUAGUGUUGAUAGUUCCAAAUAUAGAGAUAUUGAACAGGCUAAAUACAUUGCUAGAGAAUUUUUGACUUGGGACCUUGAAACAGAAGAGUCACAAACAGAGCAAGAGCUUAAAGAACACCUAAACAACACUCUACAUGUCAUCAAUACCCUAUGA